CCAAUAAAACAGAAACCCAAUCACAUUGACCCUAUUAACAGCCUCAAACGAGAAUAUACCGUCUAGGUAAAACCUACUGUGUGAUUUUCCGGCAAGCUCCGACGUAAUCCCGCCACCGUAGUCUAGCUCCGCCAAAGAAAUGGAAUGCAACUUCUAACUGGCAGUAAUAUAAGGUAUUCAUCGUAUUUCUUCACCUUCACGGAAGCAUUUGGCCAUGGGGUCAUCGGAAUCUACUCUUUCAAGGUCACAGGGGACGAUGGAAUCACCACUGUCUCCGAGCGAUUAGAAAGCUCCGAUCCCGUGCUAGAGAAGCUUAAUUCGCUCCAAAUCGCGACUUCCAUAUUGACAUCUGAACCCUCAAAGAGUAGCUUGACAGAUAUUUUGGUCAAUCGACCCUCAACUUCGUCAGAUGCAGUUAUUGUGGAUCCUAAAGUGCUAAUGGAAUUAUACACAACAUAUCAAGAAUGGCAAGAACAACAGGCUCACACCUUUAACAAAAGACAGGAAGAGGUGGAAAACAAAAUAGAAAUUGUAAAUGCUUUAGCAGUAAAACUUCUUCAAACAUAUACUUCCUCCUUCACAGCAAUGAAAACAACUUCAAGUCACCUGUGGGGAGUUCAUGAGUUACAAGUGGAAGUUGGUGAGCUAAAAGGAAGGUUGACUGAAGUGAUUAGUAAUUGUGAUGGUGUAUGCAAGAGAAUUGUUGCAGAGGGUCCUGAAUCACUUCAGUCAUCAAUUAAGCCAUUUACAGCUGCUUCUACUACCACUAGCUUCUCCUCUACUACAUCAUUAAUACUAUGAUUCCAUAUCUUCUUACUCAGGUAUAUCAAUCUUGGGCUCUAUCUUUUUUGUUUAUUCCAUUAAGUGCUGUUUGGAUAAAGACAAUUGAUAAAACUGGUUGUCUUGGAAAAUGAUUUUAAAAAAAUCUUUAAGAAAAUGAUGACACACUUGCAAAAGAAAAUAUCCGAUUUUUUUUGUUUUAUGUAUAUAACUUACAUGAUCAAGGGCUUUUUUUCUGUUAAGUCAUGUAUGAAUCUGUAAUGAUGUUUGUUUGUAUAAAGUACUCUAUACAAAAAAUAUGUUUCCUUUUUUGGAUUAAAUGAAGCAUCUGAACGAGAAUAAAUGAUGAUUUUAUCCUUU